CUCGAGGUAUUCGAUUUUUGGCUACUUGUGUGAGACUUUAGAAUACUUGCUCAUACAGGAUCAUUUAGGACGAUGUGUUUUGCCACUGAAUGGGAAAUAUUAGUCGUAUUCAAAACACACGUUUCCAUGAGAUCAAGAGGGAAAAUACACUGCUAUGAAUUUCUAUUCAUGUUGGUAGAAAAUGGCGAAGCGAGAGACUGCCGUAGUGUUCAUUACUCCCCGGGGGGGGCGGAUCGGUCAAAGUUCGAGAGGCGUAAGCUGAACUGGUUCUAAUUGGUUUAGUGAGCUGUGUAAAGUUGAACCUUUCAGAAUUCAUCCUGCAGCCGGACUGACACUUUUCUUCCGAUCAACAAUGAUUGCAUAUACUCUAUAUACCGCUCUGACGGGUUUAGCCAUUUUACCAUUCAUUCUUUACCUGAGAAACCCAUAUUUGCUCCAAGAUUUACGUUACGCCAUUUCUGCGAUUCAAAUUGCCCUUUGUUUGAGAAAGUUCCAGAAGCGGAAACCUUUCUACAGUAUCCUGGAUUGUUUUCUGGACCAUGCGGCGAGGCAGCCGCAUAAGGAUUUCAUCCUGUUCGAGGAAAGCUCGUACACUUACAGCCAAGCGGACAAGGAGAGCAACAAAGUGGCCAGAGCUCUGUCCACGCAUGCGCACCUGACGCAGGGGGACACCGUGGCCCUCUUUCUGAGUAACGAGCCUCAGUUUGUGUGGAUCUGGCUCGCUGUGGCCAAGCUGGGAUGCACCGCUUCUUUGCUGAACCACAACAUCAGAUCCAAAUCUUUGCUGCAUUGCUUCUCCUGCUGUGAAGCCAAGGUGCUGGUCGCUGGUGCUGACCUGCGAGGGGCCGUUGAGGAAGUGUUGCCCGCCUUGAGCCAGCAGGGCGUCCGUGUGUUCAUCCUCAGUGAGGACUCCGAUGUGGAGGGCAUUGAAAGCCUCUCUGAUAAAAUUCGGCAUGCUUCAGAUGAGCCUCUGUCCCCUCAGCUUAGGGCCAGCAUUACCAUGAAGAGUCCUGCACUGUACAUCUACACCUCAGGAACCACAGGGCUUCCGAAGGCCGCCGUCAUCAACCACGAGAGAUUAUGGAUGUCAAGCUUUUUUCAGACCAUUGCUGCCGUGCGCUCAGAUGACAUCAUUUAUGUGUACCUGCCUCUUUACCACAGUUCUGGCUUUCUGAUGGGACUAUGUGGAGCCAUAGAGAAAGGUAUCACUGUUGUUUUAAGACGCAAAUUUUCUGCCUCCCAGUUCUGGAACGACUGUAGAAAGUACAACGUGACUGUUUUUCAGUACAUAGGAGAGAUUAUGCGGUACCUGUGCAACACACCAAAGAGAGACAAUGACCGAGAUCAUAAGGUACGAUUGGCUCUAGGGAACGGGAUAAGGGCCGACAUCUGGGCUGACUUCCUGCAACGUUUUGGGGACAUUUUUAUCUGUGAAUGCUACGGAGCGACAGAAGGAAAUGUCGGCUUUGUCAACUACUGUGGGAAAAUUGGAGCUAUUGGGAAAGAACAUUUUCUCCACAAAAUGGGAUGUCGGUAUGCCCUCAUACGGUACGACACAGAAAAACAGGAGCCAGUCAAAGACUCAAGAGGAUUUUGCAUUGAAGUCCCCAGAGGAGAGACCGGGUUGUUGGUGGCAAAAAUUGCAGAAAGGACACCUUUUAGCGGCUACGCCAAGAACAAUCAGCAGACAGAGAAAAAGAAGUUGAAGGAUGUGUUUGUUAAGGGAGACCUCUACUUUAACAGUGGCGACCUUCUAAAGAUAGACAGCGAGGGAUUUGUCUUCUUUCAGGACCGCAUUGGAGACACUUUCAGGUGGAAAGGAGAAAAUGUGGCAACGACAGAGGUGGCUGAUCAUUUACUUGCGGUGGACUGUGUUGAGGAGGCUAACGUCUACGGUGUGAAGGUGCCAGGUCACGAGGGAAGAAUCGGAAUGGCAGCGCUGAAGCUCAAAGUAGGCAUGGACUUUGAAGGCAAAGCUAUGUAUCAGCAUGUGAAGAACUUCCUCCCGAGCUACGCACGACCACGCUUCAUUCGCAUACAGGACGAACUGGCAGUAACUGGGACGUUUAAGCAAAUGAAGGUGAAGCUUGCAGAGGAGGGCUUCAACCCCAGCAACAUCAGGGACCAUUUGUUCUACCUGGAGGACAGCAAGGGCUACAUUCCCAUGACUCAGGAGAUAUUCAGCUCUAUCGCAGAGGGGACCAUCAGACUUUGAAUGAAUUCAGUGUUUAUUAUUCAAUUGCCACUUUACAAAUAGUACAUUUGAUUUAAAUGACGGAGGAUGCAAAAUAAAUAUGAGCAUUUCCGUACAGCACAUUUCACUUCUACGGAAAAUUGUGUACUGAAAUAUUUCACAGGAUAAAAAAUAAAAAACCUGAUUGUAAAUUAGCUAAACAAUCCAAAAUCAUGGACACAGAAUUACCAUAACAUUUCCAAUAGGCCCAGCACAAACCACGCUGCCGAAGUA